AUGAGCGCACGCGGCAAAGUUCAGAAGGUGAUGGUCCAACCCAUCAACCUCAUCUUCCGGUACCUCCAGGGAAGAACGCGCGUCCAGUUUUGGCUGUAUGAAAAUGUCACAACCAGAAUCGAAGGCUACAUCCUUGGCUUCGACGAGUACAUGAACAUCGUUGUCGACGAGGCCGAAGAAGUCAAUAUCGGACGAAUCCUGCUGAAGGGCGACAACAUCACGUUGAUCCGCAGCGUC